AUGAACGAUAUUGUGGGGGUGUUCUUUGCCCUGUUCACCCUAUGGGUGGUGGUCCGAAUUAUACGAGGAUCUGCAAAUGGUGUGUCUAGCGCGCAACCGAGUGCUACGCGCACACAAGAGAUGGUGGACACGGUCAAAGCCAUGUUCCCUGACAUACCAGAGGCCUCUAUUCGCUACGAUAUCCUCCGCAGCGGAAGUGCUGAAGCUACAUGUGAUCGAAUUCUUCAGCAAGGGUAUCUCCCUCCCCCCCCUGCUGAUUUCCCUGGUGCGACGGAGACACAACAUCCACCACCUUCUACGACUAACAGUGCUGUCACAACAUCUACUACAUUGUCUGCUCGUCAGGACGCCAGUGUUGCCACACCUGUAUCUCCUAGCCUUAUAUCUCGCUAUCAUUUGGAAGAUCGUGUCAAUGCCCAUUCCUCCCAUGAAGCCUCGCCUAUUCGUGCAUCUUGGUCCGCUGAUGCCAAAGAUCGUGCUGCAGGUCUACAGGAACGCAAAGCCCAGAUGAUUUUACAGGCCCGCAAGCGUAUGGCGGAGCGCAAAGCAAGCGAAGGUGCAUCGACAUCGCAGUAA